AUGGGUCCUACUGUCACGCGUUUCCUGGCCACUGUUGUCACUGACCCUUUGUUUGAGUCCACUGCUGCGUCUGCUCUAGUUGCUGAGCUUGUUGACUUUGCUGCCGCCUCUCGUCUAGACUACGCUGCUAGUCUUGUUGUUGAGUCUGAGUCUGAGUCUGUCUGUCCUCCGUCCGUCGGGGGUGAGUGUGCUCUUGGCACGGACGUCCUUGAGGACAGACAGGAGGAGUUUGAGUGCUUUGCCGCUGCUUUACCUCAUCUCGUGUCCAUGCUGCUUGCCCCUGAGGGAGACCCGGAUGCACCAGACAUCCCGACCCCGCGCUCUUACGCAGAGGCGAUAGAGGGUGCCUACUCCUCUCAGUGGCAGACAGCCAUGGACAUAGAGAUGGCUUCCUGGAAGUCCAUAGGCACCUACGUCGACGAGGUUCCCCCACCUAGGGCGAACAUCGUCAGUGGCAUGUGGAUUUUCAGGGUGAAGCGGCCGCCGGGUUCUCCGCCUGUCUUCAAGGCGCGUUACAUUGCACGAGGCUUCAGUCAGCGACAGGGAGUUGACUUCUUCCAGACCUUCUCCCCUACCCCAAAGAUGACCACUCUUCGGGUUCUGCUGCACGUCGCCGCUCAGCGUGACUACGAGCUUCACUCUCUUGACUUCAGCACUGCUUUCCUACAGGGCAGCCUGCACGAGGAGAUCUGGCUGCGCCGCCCACCUGGCUUCACUGGGUCGUUUCCUGCUGGUACCUAG